GCUUAUGUUAUAAACGUGCAUUCUAUUCCCUCCUCCUAAUCCCUUUCUUCCAUUCAAGAAGAGGAAGAGAUGAAAGGGUCAAAGGCAAGAGGAGUUGUUGAGAAAAGCAAUGGGAAUGAAGAGAUAGAUUGGGAGCUGAGGCCUGGUGGGAUGCUUGUACAGAAGAGAGAUGAUGGGCCAGGGUCUGCUUGUGGGCCCAUGAUCAAGAUCAAGGUCUCUCAUGGCUCUUACCAGCAUGACAUCAGUGUCCCUGCCCAAGCUACUUUCGGGGAUUUGAAGAGGUUGCUCACCCAAGAAACUGGCUUGGAGCCUCAGGAACAAAGGCUGUUGUUCCGAGGCAAAGAGAAAGAUGAUGAGGAGUGUUUGCACAUGGUCGGUGUCAAGGACAUGUCCAAAGUCAUCCUCUUGGAGGACCCUGCCAGCAAGGAGAGGAAGCUCGAGGAGAUGAAGAUGGAUCAAGGGAUCUCUAGGGCCUGCGAAGCUGUCGCCCGUGUUAGAGCGGAGGUCAAUAAGCUUGCAGAGAAGGUUUUGGCAUUGGAGGCGGUUGUGCAUCGAGGUACUAGGGUUGCUGAGAAGGAGUUUGUCGUGUUGACAGAAUUGCUGAUGAUGCAGCUGUUGAAGUUGGACAGCAUCGAGGCCGAAGGAGAAGCGAAAGUACAGAGGCGGAUCGAGGUCCGCCGUGUUCAGAAUUUGGUGGAGAUGCUCGAUGUCCUAAAGGCAAGAAACUCAAACCCAUUCAGCAGUAGCAGCAACUCUGUGUCUGUGACAACCAAAUGGGAGACAUUCGAUUCUGGGGUUGGAAGCCUGAGUGCCCCACGUCCAAUGCCAUCACCAACGAAGAUAACCCACGACUGGGAACAGUUCUAGUAGUAGGCCAAUGUUCUCCAGUCUUCUGGUUUGUUCAAAUUUCUCAAGUAAUAUACAUCAUAUGUGAACUACACGAACAGUGCUUUUGCUUUCCUGGAUUGCUCUAUUUCCCAUUUACAAUCUGUAGAUAGAAGGCAUCUGUUGAACUAGAAUCAAUUGAUGUACAUAUGGCUCGGAAGUGUUUGGUUUUA